UUUGACACUGUUAGCGCAGUCGUAGUCGCAGUAGUCGUCGUCGUGCGAGGUACAGACGGAUUAUUAUCAAAACAGUCAAAAAUAGUAGUGGGUGCUUCAGUUAGUAGCAGGCUUCCCAAUUCUACAAUGUAUUCAUUUCAUGUUUGAACUCUGACGGGUGUAGUUGUCCCAGCUCAACUAAGAGCUUAUAACCGAUAUUGCUAAGUGAUUGGACUGUAGUGAAUGUACAAAUCGAGGUCAGCCUUUGAUUCUCUGUGAAAGUACGGAACUAGUUCCACCAAGAACCAGCUUUUGUGGAAGGUAGACUGGUAAUACGUUGUCGACUAUGGCUUCUUCUACAAAGUCUUCUGCAUACACUGCCAAAUUCACCCUGAACAAUGGGACUAUUAUGCCUGCUAUUGGAUUGGGCACCUACAGAAUGCGGACUGGGGAUGUUAUAAUGAGAGUUGUGGAUUGGGCUUUGGCUGCUGGCUAUCGCAUGUUUGACACAGCAGCAGUUUAUGGAAAUGAAAUUCAUUUAGGGGCAGCGUUUAAAACCUUGCUUCCUAAAUAUGAAUUAGAACGUGAUGACAUAUUUGUAACAACUAAGCUAUCACCCUCUGACUAUGGCAAUAAAGAAAUUGUCGAAAGUGCUUACACGAAAUCACUUGAUAAUUUAGGUCUAGAUUAUGUAGACCUCUAUUUAAUACAUUUCCCUGGCGCUAGCAAGAUCCCUGCUACCGACUUAAAUAACAAGCGUCUCCGCGAUGUAACUUGGCAAGCUCUCACGGAGCUAUAUGAUGAUGGGCGUGUAAACGCAAUAGGUGUAUCCAACUUUACUGUAAGCCACUUGGAGCAGUUGAUGUUAAAUAACCAUGGUGUUAUACCGGCUGUUAACCAAGUGGAAUGGCACCCCUACUAUUACCAAGAGAGCUUACUAAAUUACUGCAAACAAAAUGAUAUUUUGCUGCAAGCUUACUGCUCCUUUGGUGGGACUUCGGCAUCAAACAUGGCGUUGAUGCAUGAUCCAGUUGUGCAAAAGAUUGCCAGAACACUGAAUGUGACAUGUGCUCAGGUCCUUCUAGCUUGGGCUUUGCAGCAGGAUGUUGCCGUGAUUCCGAAGACGACUUCGCAAGUCCAUCUUAAGGAUAAUAUUUCCCUCAAUUUUACCAUUCCCAAUGAAGAAAUGAAAGCAUUAAAUGCUUUGGGUGGUCUUAAAAUCAAAUACGCCUGGGAUCCUACUGCAGUCGUUUAAACUGUAUACUAAAAGCUUUUUCAAUAUUAUCAUGUAUUAAUGUGCAUUUAAAUAUAACCAAGUUAUUCUAAGCAUUGUUAGUAUUCGGAUGUGCUUAUUCAAAUAAAUAGCGGUUCUUAGUGCUUCAUUACCGUUCAUGUAUUUAGCAAGUAAAUGCGAUAUUGUGCGUUUAACGCAAAGCCAUUCCAUAUUGGCCAAUAAAUAUUUUCUUGUAUUAGGGUAAGUUAAACAAAUUUAAAAAAAAAUUACAAACUUAACGUUUUAAUCUAUUUACUGGACCUGGUUUUCAAAAAGAUUUUAUGGAUAGGCUUAAGGAGUGAAGUGAUAUGAUGAGCUUAGUUGUUGGGUAAGAAUAUCAAUUAUCUAUUUGGUGCUCUCUAAGGAACGUUUUUCGACGUCUCUGUUCCGCCUAUGAAAUAAAUUUGAAUAAGUUAAAUUAUAUUUUAAGGUGACUUUCAAACUAAACUUAAAUUGAUGAUUGGGAGCGUUCAGCAAUUUAGAUACUGCUUUUUAUGAUUUGCGAAAAUUGUUUUUAGCUUUAUACUAAAUAUUAUUGUACCUAUCGAUGUCUAAUAAAAAGUAUUAAACGCAAACAAUGCUUUAUUACUACACCAAAAUUAGAAGAAUAAACAUAAUUAAAAAUGUUUAUUAAACUAUUUCUUGAACCACCAUAUAACAGUUUACGGUAGCGACUGUCAACGAGUCAAUUAGGUACCUAUCUUGCAUAGCGGUCAACUGUAUCGAUUAAACGUUUAUGGAAGUAUUAUUACCGAUUUUAUAGAAUUAAUCUAAGCAAACAAAGCAAGUAUCUGAAUGCUUUUCUGAAUUUAAAACUGUCAUCCAAAUCGAUAAUGAUAAAGUAUACAGUGAUAUACUGAUAUUUGGAAUAACGCUGUGAG